UGCGAUCCCCACCCUCGUCCCCUUCCCACGUCCCCAAUGAACCAUGCCGAUCCCCUCGCUCCUCUCUCCAUCUUCGGUCUCCCCUCUUUUUUUUUUCCACCUUCAGGCAAUCCGAUCUUCAUCCUUCUCUUUCCUUCUCGUUCGAACCUCUCUCUGUCCCGCUUAUUAACCCUGCGCAUUGGCGAUUGUGGCGCGAAACUUUUGACGAGAUGUCUUUAUGCUUGGCCAGAGUACAUGUGACGUGGACCCAGACCAGUGAGCAUCCUGCGUGGAUCGGAAAUUUAGAGCUGCUGAUCAUCCAAGCUUGGAGGACUAACGUCGAAGGCGAUCUUCUCGACUUUCUCUUCGGAUCGGUACGGUCGGGCCGCCGCCAGUUGAUUGCGCAGGAGCUCAUUGCGCCGAUCGUACAAUUGGCGGACGAUCUCUUGCCCGACAUGUAUUCACAAAGCAACGACAACCCUUCUCCGUACAUUCUCGAGCGAUCAUUGGAUCCGUACCUUCAGUGGACUGCGUGCUUAGAGGAGCCCAGGGACGAAGAUACUCGACCAUCACGGCAGGAGUAUUUGAAGUCGUACAACAUCAUCCCUCACGCCUUUUAUCCGAAGGCGGAGGAAGUGGUGAUUGACGACGACGACGACGAGGAAACGUCGGAGGAGGGAAGCCAUAGCGAGUAUAGCAAGGGCGAGCUGAGUGAAGAAGAAGAAGAGGAGGGAGAAGAAACCAGAUCUGAGUGGGAAGCCUUGCCGGAGGAAGCGGCGCGCACGAGCACAGAGGCGGAAGAUCUGGAGGCAGCGCGAAGGCGCGAAGAAAUUGCCACUGGGAAACGCCAGCUGGAGUUCGCUUGUAGAGCCAGCUUGUGCAUCGGUAACGAUCCGACCAGGGACUUGGAGCCGCCGAAGCUCGAAGAUGGCGACCCAGCAGCCGCCAGCUCAAGCACCACACGACGGAGACGGAGUCGAUCCCCCUCCUCCUCCGCCUUCACCCGACCCCCAGUUCGCCUACGGACCGAUGCGGGCGAUAGGCCUUCGUCCUCGGAUGUUAACCCGUCGUCCCCUUGAUUUUCUCACCCUCGAACAGAUCCGCACCCCCGUCACCUUCCCCCCCCAUCC